GCCGACGUCUCUGAACAGGAAGUGCUCGCUCUGGCGCAUCCCUUCGGCCGAGUUAGUAAACUGAUUACGCUGAAGACCAAAAACCAGGGAUGGCGACGCCAGACAACGCUCCUCGGAGGAACGCAGAGGCCGAGAAGGAGCAUGAGCCUGUACGACUGAGUUCAGGUAGAUGGGUGCAGACCUAGGAGUCACUCUGUAUUCAGGCAUUAGUGACCUGAAAUUGAUUCAGGCAGCCAUGGGCAGCCAGUGGAGGUCAAUGAGCAGCAGCGUGACAUGUGACCUUUUUAGGCUGAUCAAAAACCAGACACGCUGCUGCAUUCUGGACCACCUCUAAGGGUUUCACUGUGCGUGAAUGGAGACCUGCUAGAAGGGCAUUGUAGUGGUCGCGGCGAGAGAUGACCAUGGCCUGUACCAAGAGUUGGGUGACGUACUGAGUCAGGCGUUUUUAGAGAUGGCGUCGGAGGAUGCGGCUGUUACCAUGGUGAACUACUACUCCUCAGCCGCGCCCACCGUCAGGAACCAGCCAAUCUUCAUUCAGUACUCCACCCACCGUGAGCUCAAGACCGACAAUCUGACCAAUCAGAGAGCUCAGGCGGCGCUGCAGGCCAUCAGUGCAGCAGCAGUGCAUUCUGGGAGCAUGGCGUCGGGAGGGGACGGGCGGGGCUUAGUCCCGGGUCAGAGUCCCGUUCUGAGGAUCAUCGUGGAGAAUUUGUUUUACCCGGUGACGCUGGAGGUUCUGCAGCAGAUCUUCAGUAAGUUCGGCUCCGUGUUGAAGAUCAUCACGUUCACCAGAAACAAUCAGUUUCAGGCUCUGCUGCAGUUCAGCGACGCCGUGCACGCUCAGCACGCCAAAGCCUCUCUGGACGGUCAGAACAUCUACAACGGCUGCUGCACGCUGAGGAUCGACUUCUCCAAACUGAGCGCGCUCAACGUCAAAUACAAUAACGACAAGAGCCGAGACUUCACCAGAGCUGACCUGCCGACGGGGGAGCUGGAGCCCGCCGCCGCGUUCAGUGUAGCUCUCCCUCCAUACGGGGCAGCAGCUUUCCCGCCCACCUUCCACCAACACACAGGUCUGUCCAUGGCGGCCGUCCCAAGCUCAUUGGUGCCUCCUCCUCGUGUCUCGCUGCAGGUGGCGCCUCCUGCUGUCCACUCGGUGCUGCUGGUGUCCAACCUGAACCCAGAGAGCGUCUCACCUCAAUGCCUCUUCAUCCUGUUUGGUGUUUAUGGGGACGUUCAGCGGGUGAAAAUCCUCUUCAACAAGAAGGAAAAUGCUCUCGUUCAGAUGAGCGACGCCACUCAGGCUCAACUCGCGAUGAGUCACCUGAAUGGCCAGCGUCUCCAUGGUAACGUGAUUCGGGUGACACUGUCCAAGCAUCCGGUGGUGCAGCUGCCUCGCGGGGGGGCGGGGCAGGAAGAGCAGGCGCUGACCCGGGACUUCUCAGGCUCCGCCCUCCACCGCUUCAAAAAACCCGGAUCCAAAAACUUUAACAACAUUUUCCCUCCGUCGGCGACGCUGCACCUCUCCAACAUCCCCUCCUCGGUCAGUGAGGAGGCGUUGAAGGAUUUAUUUUCCUCCGGUGGAUUCACGGUCAAAGCCUUCAAGUUUUUCCAGAAGGACAGGAAGAUGGCUCUGAUGCAGUUGGCGUCGGUGGAGGAGGCGAUCGAGGCUCUCAUCGUUCUGCACGACCACCAGCUGGACCACAACCAGCACCUCCGGGUCUCCUUCUCCAAAUCCACCAUCUGACCCGUGACUCCAGGACUCCCCGCAGAUAAAUAUAAAGCGAGUUAGCUGACCUCGGCAGACGGACCCCGACUGUCAGCAGUGUCAGCUUAGCUAUUAGCCUGUUAGCCUGUAAGCCUCCACAGCUCAUGGGGUUUCAGUUCAGCUGCAGAGGCUCUUAGUUCAUUAGGUUCAGGUUGAGCUACGCGCGUUUCUUCACAUCGUAAGGUUGACGGCAUAAUUCCAAGCAGAGGAGAAGCGUUCGCGUCCGGAGACAUCGGGAAUCACCACGAUGGACUUCCCCGGCGCUCUCAGCUGAAUAAAAUCAAACGUUAGCCCUACACUGUGUUUCAGAGCCGAGAAGCGAGGUUUACUUCUAAGUUGUUUCUCCGGCUGAGUUUUGUUAAUCUAAAAAGUUUGCUUGUUGAAUGUUUGACGCGACGUAAAACGCCAGUACGAACCUCAAACGGAGCUGAUACUGAAAAUAUGUGAGAUUUAAAUCGCAACACGGGUCAGAAAAAUGACAGUAAACGGUUUCUUCCAAAUCUUUCGGCCCAACUGCAGCUAGCUAGCGUGGAGGCUAAAGGUCGAGGCUAACAUGCUAAUAGCUAAUUAACAUCAAAGCUAAUGGUCUGAUGGCUCAUUAGCAUCAGUGCUGAAGUUGUGGGGCCUCUGAUGUCACACACUCUGGACCAUUUUCCCCCUCCGACCCUGUUAUCUGACCUUUGACCUUUGGAGCUGAGUAACCAGUCAGACGUAAGGGUCUCUGAUUGGCCCGCGGUGAGAACAACGGACCAAUGGGAGAGCCCCGACACACCAACGACCUGUGCCUACAAACACUCUGACGUCAAUGAUGUCACGGCGAGGGGUCAUCGCCAUGGUUACAGCGGUUAUAGCGCACAUUCCUGAGUAGACUGAAAACUGAGUGGCAGUGCAUUGUGGGUAGUGGAGUCCAACACAGAGCUUAUGUGAGUUGAACAGUUUUUGUCUAAAUCUUAAAUUAAUGUGAUGCAGAAGAAAAAAAAAAAAAUUCAGGAAAAAUUUUCUUUUUAAAGCUAAAAAGAGAAUUUUCAAAAUAAAACCUGCCUUUUCUUAAAAUCCCCAAAUAACGGAAAGGUUUGAAUUUUCCUUUCAUUCUGUUCAUUUUAUAGUCAGAGUUUCUCAUCAUGGAUUAAAGUUUGGUCUUGUAAACUGUAAUAAUUGAAGUUAUUUAUUUAGUAUUCACUGUAACUUUCAGCAAAAAGCAAAAUUACAUCAUUUGCCUUUUUUAUUUUUUUCUCUUUUUUGUUCAAAUCAUUACAGGUUUAGUUGUUCUUCCUUAUUUUAUGGUUAAAAACUGAAAUUCUAAACCGUUUUUUUGACUUUGACAAACUUCCACGGUUAUUUUUUAAUUUUCAGUGACGUGCCUUUCCAUUGGCACGUGAAGCUACCGUCUGAUUGGUUAAACGAUUAUCAUUAUUAUCAUUAUUAUCAUUUUAGAAUUUAGCUGGCUGCGAUCUCAACAAACCUUCUCCUGUGCCUUAUUUUUCUGAAUUAUUCUGCUGUUUUUGAUUCUUUUUUUUUUAAGUGGUGGUUGGGUGGAGUUUCAGUGGCAGUCGUGUUGAUCUGACUUUGAUUUUUUUGUAGAAUUUUUUCACUUAGUUAAAAAAUAUUUUUUGUUACAUGUUUUAUUGUUGGUAUAUAUUUUUGGGAGGGUUUUUUUAAUCAUGAAUGUAUUUAUACCGUACAACAUGACAUAGGUAAUGCUUUCGACGUCCCGCCCACCUGUCGUACCUGGGUGUGUGUAUUUAUAUAUUUUUGUGUGUGUGUGUGUGUAUGUGUGUGUGUGUGUGUGUGUGUGUGUAUCAAACUGGGUUGAGAUUGGCUGAUCAUCAAAUG